AUGGGUGAUGAUGUCACAGAACCUUCUUCUUUAGAUAUUAAUUCAGUUACAGAAAAUACGGAAUCAUUGAAAAAUAAUAAUAAUAGUAAUGUAUUAUCACCAAUAAAUAAUUGUACACAAUCUAAUACAACGUUGGCUUCUGAUGAUUCAUCUAUAACACCAAAAUCUAAAUUAUCUAAGACAUCAAAAGAAAUUAUUGCUGAAUCUCAAAGACUUCUUGCAAUGUGUAAUGAUGUUUCAAGUCAGAUGGAAUAUAUUACAGAUAUAAAAAAAGCAAAAGAUGUAACAAGUGAGAUAAAUGCUGCUAUUUAUGAACCUGUUGAAGUAACAACAUAUAAAAAUACUUUACCACCAUUUCAUAGAGUUGAUUUGGAUGAUCUUAUUGAUGAGACAAUUGGAAAAAGUAAACCAGCAUGGAAACAAUUAGAAAAUUCAGUUUCUGAUUCUUAUCAUCGAGCAAAAUUGGUAGCAGAGCACACAAAAAUUGACAAUAAUUUCCUAGAAGGACGAUUAAAAAGAAGCUCUGAAAAAAGAGCUGAAAGUCCAUUUUCAAUAUUACGUUGUGAUAGUCGUAGUCGUAGUUCUACUGUUAAUAAAUAUAAUGUAUAUGAACCAAAAGCAUUUAUUCAUCGUUCAAAUAGUUAUGCAAAAUAUCCAUCAAUUUCAGAUACAAAUUAUAAUAACAAAUCAUUUAAUAAUAAUACAAAUCCUUUUGUAACAGGACCAUAUGCAGCACCAGCUGUAUCAAAAACUCAGGGAAUUGAAUCUAAAUAUGAUAAAUUAAUUAAUGAUGUUGAAUCAAGACUUUGGAAAAGUACAAGAAUUUCAUCAAAACCAAUAAAAUAUUCAUCAUCACCAUAUAGAAGUAUGUCAUGUAGUAGAAAUGAUAGAUUAUCUACAGAUGAUAUUGAUGAUGAUAAUGGUAUACCACCAUACAUGCCAAGAACAUACUAUUCUCGUCCAGAUAGAUCAGAUCCUGAUUAUUUUGAUUUUGAUUUAGCACAUUCUGUUAAUUUAUAUAGAAAACAUCCUACAAAAUAUACACCAAAAGGUCCACAAAAUUGGGAACAUAAUCUUGUUUCUGAAUCAACUAGAACUAAAGGUGAAAAUCCAAUAUCAGGAUAUUUAUUUACUAAAGGUGAUUCAGAUUUUAGAACAAAUGGGACAUCAUAUUUAAGUGCUGCAUUACGUACAGCUUCAUUUUGGGAACAUCGAUUUCAAUCAAUUGGUAAACAAGUACUUGAAAAAAAUCCUGUAACAUUAGAAAGUCUUGGAAGAUUAAAACCAAUACCAAAUAAAUUUACAGAAUAUAGGGAUCCAGAUUUUGAAGAUUAUGUUGAUCCAAAAGAAGAUGACUAA